GCCCAGAAGAGGUCGCUUUCUUUUUCAACGCCGCCAUUUUAGACGCCUCGUGUUUUAGAAAGUUUCAAAGAAAAUAGUCAACUGUACAGACAAAACGAGCAAGAUGCAAAGAGAAGAAGGAAAACUUUUUGUUGGUGGACUCAGCUGGAACACUGAUCAAGAUAUGUUGCGGGAGUAUUUCAGCAAAUAUGGCGAGGUUUCUGACGCUGUUGUUAUGAGAAACACAGAAACUGGCAAGUCCCGUGGCUUCGGCUUCAUCUCGUUCAGAGAUCCCUCCGUGGCAGAAAUCUGCAUUCAGGCAAAGCACAUGAUUGACAACAGACAGGUUGAUGCCAAACCUUGUAAUACCAAAAGCGGAAGUAGGGGAGGAGGUGGUGGUGGUGGUGGUGGUGGUGGAGGAGGAGGAGGAGGAGGUGGAGAAGGUGGUGGCCGAGGUAGAGGUGGACCACGCCAACAACGUCCCGAGUACAAUGCACCCACAAACAAGAUAUUCAUUGGCGGCAUUCCAGCCAGUGCAUCGGAAGAUUCCAUCAAGAGUACAUUCAGUCAGUAUGGAAACGUGACAGAAGUGGUAAUCAUGAUGGAUAAGGAAGCUGGCAGAUCACGAGGAUUUGGGUUUUUGACUUUCGAGACUGAGGAGAGCGUUGAUCAAGUUUGCCAACUACACUAUGUUAUCUUGGACGGCAAGAAGGUUGAGUGUAAACGUGCAGAACCACGCUCUGGUCGCAAUGGUCCAGGAAUGGGUAGAGGUGGUGGUGGUGGUGGUGGCGGAGGUGGACCCGGACAGGGUUUCCAGCAGCCAGGGCAGAACUGGGGUGGUAUGGGGGGCUUCCAGCAAGGAUUCCAGCAGCCCGGUUACGGAGGUCCACCGGUCAAUGGGUUCAAUCAACAGGCGCAGGCAGGAUAUGGUGACCAAGGAUACGGUUACGGUCAGCAGGCUGGCGGCUAUCAGCAGCAGCAACAGUGGAAUCAAGGAGGUCAAGGUGCAUGGGGUUCUUAUCAGGCACAACCUGGUACUACUGCUGGGGUUCCACAACCUAAUGGUGUACAGCAACCUCCUGGUCCCUCCCCUGGCCAACCUCCCAGCCCCACUGUCCAAACUGGACACCCACCUGCUCCUGUUCCACCUGGCCCCCAGGCUGGACCAUGGAAUGAACCGCUUUCAGGGUCUCCAACACAAAGCCCACCACCGCAGGGGGCGUCACCUGUCCCUCUACCGGUUCCUCCAGUUCUUCCACAAGGUGUUCCUGUCUCAAUGGCUGGAAGGCCACCGGGGCUUCCUCCUCCCACAGAUCCCAUACCACAGAAUGUUCCUUCACAGCCUGCAUAUGGAUCAGCACCCCCACCACAACACCACCCUAUGUCGGCCCCUCACCCUCACCUAGUCACUGUGUCGGCACCGCCUCAUCCCCUAUCGUUUGCAGUUCCCCAGGUAACUCCCAUUAGUCAGCCCGGGCAACCUAGUCAGCCACAACAAGUACUUUAUGCUGCACAGCCGGUGCCGCGGCCACAGCAGGUGGUGUUUGAAGCUUCCCAACCGCCACAUGUAGUGGUUUCCCAGCCUUCCAUGGCUGUGUAUGCGUCCCCACCUCCACAAGCUCUAUAUGCCCAGCCCCAGCCAGCAGGAUAUCCUGUGGGUGUCGCAGUUGCCGCCAUGCCCCAGAUUGCACCACCGAACCCUUCCUCAAGACAACCUGUGGCCCUUCCAGGUCAGCCAUCAGUAGAACACAGUCAAGGAGCUCAGGGUUAUGGAGGUACGUACGGAGGCCAGCAGGUGGCGCCGGUAGCUGAUCCAUACGCCGCUCAACAACAGCCGGCUGCUCAAGGUAUUGGUCAGUAUCAGCAAGACGCUAGUGGUUAUGGACCCAACAGGUCUUACGGACAGAACUCUGCACAGGGAGGGCAGUACACGGCCCCUGGGGGACAAGCAGGCUAUGGGGACCAGACUAGUUAUGGAGCGGGGGCACAACCUGUUGCUCCUGGUGCGUACAGUGGUCCCGACGCACAACAGCAGCCUGGGUACGGUGGUGGUGCGGGUUACGGGGCUCCACGACAGGCACAGGGUGCUCAGCCGUAUCACCCAUACCGCAGGUAAACAGCACAGGGACGCGGAAUCAAUCUCAUCGUGUGACUUGCCACCAUGUCUACAGCUAUCAUGAGCCGGCCCAGCCCACGAAUAUAUGUCUACUGAUCUUAUGGGAUGGAACUGAAGGGGGAAAAAAAGAAACUUGUUCAAUAUAGUCAAAGUAUUUUGUCAGUGAAGUUUUAUGUUGCACAGUUUUUAAUGGUUUUUAAUCCGGUUUUCUGUAUUUUGUGGGUGUGAAUUUAUAAUGCAGAAUUGUCUUUAAACCUUGGACUGAACGAGAUUAUUUAAAAGGAAAUAUCUUCAAAAAGGGCGGCAUUCAUUGAUUAGAAAGCAUAACAUUGGGUUUCAGUCACAUUUUCAUAGUACUACGACGAAGAAUUUGAGAAUGGUUUCUUGGAUUUUAUCACAUCGUGUCAUUUUUAUUAUUUCCCUGUUGAUCCAUUUUGUAAAACAUAAUAAACAUUUUUAGGAACUUAUUUCAUACCUGCCAGUCAUCUUGCAUUAUCAGCAAAUUGUUGCCUGUUGCCACCUUUAGAGGACUAUAAUAAUAUUUAAUGACCUUAUUUCUCGAUCUGUACUCUUGAUAGUUGACAGUGUCUUAAUGUGCCUAUUGUAUAUCUUCACCAGAAUUAUUUAUUUAUAAAAAGGUGAACGUUUUUUUCCCAAAAUGUUGGGGACAGGUAUCAUUCAACUUGUGGAUAGUUAUUGUAAAAUGCAUCUGUUGUCAACUUUAUAUCGUAAAGAAAAUAUUUGCUUUAUUUUUCAUUAAAUAUAUCUAUAUACAAAUUAGUGUUAUACUUGUGUUUUUGAGAUAAUUGGCAGGUAUGUGCACUUUGGUGCUGCUACCUUCAUUCAUACACACAUUGUACAUAGUAAUCAUUGUCACGUAAAUAUUUGACUCGUCUCAAUAAAAUGUUUUUAAAAAUC